AUGCUGGCCAAAAAGAGGGCGGAGAGGCGGAACGCCAUUGCCGCGACGGCUUCGGCGCAGCGAAAGAGGGAGCUGAAGCAGUUGCGCGGGAAGGCGGCGGGUGCGAAGGCGGAUGGAACGGAGAGACCGGGAAGAGUUGGGAAGCGCCAGCGCACUAGUAACGAAGCGGAGGAUCACGCAGUGGAUGCAGCGGUGGCUUUGGUGGAGAACCCGGCGGAUAUGCUGCGGGCCAUUGGAGACCACGUCAACACCCGGCUGCAGGAGCUUGAGUUUGACGACGAUCUUGACGCGGAUUUGUUUGACGAGCAGCAGCGCCAGUUGCGGGAGGAGGCGGCGAUUGCGGCGGGCACCAAGUCACGUGUGCUUUCCACUUCAAUAGCAAAAUUUCUUCGACGGCAAGAGGAGACUGUUGCAGAUGAUGCCGGUAGUGCCGUGACGGCAAGUGCCAAGAUGGUGCGCAUUAGACACAACAGUAAUGCGGUGACGGCGGUGUGUGGCCUUGGAGCGGAUUUGGUGGUGCUUGGGGAUAAGUCAGGUGCCAUAUACAUGGCGGAGCUGAACGGUGGUCCUUCCCCGCCACUGUCCCCGAAUUCCUCACAGAAGAUGCUUCUCAGUCCAUUUUUGCCGGCGGCGGUGCUUUCCAUUGCCGUAUCUGACACACGUGAUGUGCGUCCCUCACAGCGUGCCCUGUUUGAGCGUAGUACCGUGGAUACCAGCGUCACGUCGUACAUUGCGGCUGGUGCCGCAGAUGGUACAAUAAGUGUAUGGGUAACGAGCACGCGAAAGCAUAUGGGGUUUUUAUCCAUGCAUCGUUCUGCGGUGACAGGGUUGGCAUUUCGUCACGAUACACUGUAUAGUUGCAGCAACGACGAGACAUUGCGGGUGUGGUCCGUGCCGCAGAUGAUUUGUCAAGACAAACUCUUUGGUCAUCAAGGACGAGUUCUCGGCAUACACUGUCUCAAGCGUGAACGCUGCGCCACUGUUGGGGAGGAUGGCACAAUGCGCUUUUGGAAGGUUGACGCGGCGACGCAACAAGAAUUUGCCACAAGCUCCCACUUUGGUGUAAAGGUUGUGCUCGAGUGUGUGACAAUGGUCAACGACAAUGUCGUGUUGUGCGGUGCUGCCAACGGUGCACUUCUGUUAUUUGAUGUCAACAGGCGGAAGCCGCUUGCCGUGCAGGAGGCGGCACACGGAUACGGAUUCGUGGGCGAUGGCACGGGUCUGGAAAAGGCGGUAGUGGCAGCCCAACAGGAGCAGGCUAGCGAUGCGAGUGAACAAGCGCGGGAGGUACGUCGGCAGAACGCAAACCCCAUCACAUCGGUGGCGUCAAUACCGCACGCGGACGUGGCCGCCAGCGCAAGCUACGAUGGCAAUGUGCGGCUUUGGCGCAUCGUCACUCCAGAGGUCGGGAGAAAGUCAGCGGCAACGGCGGAUCAUACCGAGUGCGUGGCGGCGACCGCAACAACGUUUGAGUGUCUGGCAUCGAUCCCUGUGGGCGCCAUUGUGACGUCUUUGUUCUUUACUCCUAGUGGUGAUGCUCUUCUUGUUGGUUGCAGUAAAGAGCCGCGACUUGGUCGCUGGGUUGUGCAGCGAAGUGCUCUCAACGCCGCAUAUGUGAUACCCCUUGACGAUGCCAGGCUGCGUGCGUCUGCGUCAUGUGCGGCAGUGGAGCACAUCCCUGCGUUGUUGUACGGCUUUGACGACGAGGAAGCGGGGAGUGACAAGGAGGGGGAAAACGAUGUCGCGGGGAGCGAGGACCCGAUGGACGGCGAGAGUGCCCCUCAGGCCAACGACGGCAGCGAUGAUGGCAGCAAUGGCGAAAACGGUCUGUUUACGCUUGGCGAGGACGGCCAGAUGCAGUUUAGUGCGCCGGCGGAGGCGGAUGUCGCAGGGAAGAAGAUGGCACUGCGUAAAAAGAAGAAGAAAAUCGAAGCCAAGAGGGAGUCAAAGGCCUCGACACAUGGUGCGGGUGACGGCAACGAUAAAAAGGGGCGUCCAGCGAGGGUCACAAAGCUGACGAGGGCAACGGAGCAGCAGCAGCAGCAGCAGCCCGCAGGCGAGCCACCGAAGAAACUGAAGAAGAAGAAGGGGGCAAACUUCAAGGUGGUGAAGAAGUAA